GGGCCGCCCCCCUCCGCCCGCCCCGCUCCGCCCGCCGAGCGGCAGCGCGCAGGGGCCGCGGCAUGGGCGACGGGCUGGCGUCGGAGGCCGACACCCUGCUUCAUUCAGAGAAGGAGUUCCACGAUGCGGCAAAGCGUAAUGACACGGCCAGGAUGGAGCAGCUCAUCAAGAAAGGGGUCGACAUCAAAGCCAAAAACAACACAGACCGAACUGCCCUGCACUGGGCUGCGGGAGCAGGGAACGAGGAGGCUGUGCGACUGCUCCUGGACCAUGAUGCCCCAGUGGAUGAUGAAGACAGUUUCGGGAUGAAUGCACUUCUCCUGUCUGCCUGGUUCGGCCACCUCCGUGUCCUGCAGAUCCUCGUCAAUGCCGGGGCCAAGAUUAACUGUGUCAAUAAGAAUGGCAGGACCCUGCUCCACUGCGCAGCUCAGAGGGGACACAUCCGGGUGAUGGAGUUCAUCAUGGAAGACCUGGAGGACAUGUGUGUGGAUGAGACAGACAAGGCAGAGAGGACAGCGUUUCACCUGGCCGCAGAGUAUGGGCAGCUGGAGGUGGUGGAGUUCCUAAUUCGACUGGGUUGUUCUCACAGUGCUGAAGACAAGGAAAAGAAUACAGCAUUGCAUUUAGCUGCUAAGAAUGGACAUCUUUCUGUGCUGCAGAAGAUUUUAGAUAUUGGAGUGGACCUUGAUGGAAAGAACUUAGAAGGACUAACAGCUCUGCACCUGGCUGCUGAGGGCGGACAUAGCACCUGUGUGAAGCUGCUCUUGGAGGCAGGUGCUGAUGUCAAUGCCCAAACCCAGAAGAAGAUGAACUGCCUUCACUAUGCAGCACUGCACGGCUAUGAGGAGAUAGCCAGAGUCCUCAUGGAUGCAGGAAUCCGCACAGAUGCUGUUAAUUAUCAAAAUGCAUCAGCUACACACAUUGCAGUGCUACAGAACUUCCCAGCCUUGGUGAAGAUCUUCAUUGAUGCGGAGUGUGACCUUGACAUUCCAGAUAACAGGCAGCAGACUUCGCUGCACAUCGCUGCAGAGCAUGGCAGGCAGGACAUUGCUGAGAUGAUCCUCAUUGCAGGAGUUAAUCUGAAGCUAACAGACAAGCAAGGAAAAACAUCUUUGGAUGUUGCUGCCCGAGGCAAUCACAUCAACUUGGUGGACAUGAUCAUCAAAGCUGAUCGGUUUUACAAAUGGGAAAAGGAUAAUUUAAACAGCGACUCCGACUCCUGGGUAGCAAAACACUUGACCUUUAAGCAAGAUCACAGGCUGGAAACACAGCACAUUCGCUCAGUAAUGUGGAGAUUAGCUACUAAAUACCUCAAACCUGGUGAAUGGAAGAAGCUGGCACAUUACUGGAAGUUCACUGAUGCGCACAUUAAAGCCAUUGAGCAACAAUGGACAGGUAUGAAAAGUUACAGGGAACACGGGCAUCGGAUGUUGCUUAUUUGGCUUCAUGGUGUGAUCAUGGCAGGAGAAAAUCCAAUCAAGGGAUUAUAUGAAGGUCUUGUGGGGAUUGGAAGAAGAGAUUUAGCAGAAAGCAUUCGGAAAAAAGCAAAUGCAGACUCCGCUUCUCCAAGGAAGUGCAUAGCAAUGUAAUGUCUGAAGGGCAUUAGCGGUCUCCUCAUCUGAUGCUUCAGCAGCUGUCUUAGAGCUAUGAGAAAUAUUUGCUCUACUACUCACCAGAAGGCAGCUGUAAUUUAAGGGCUUAUGUCAUAAAAAGUUGGCAUCGCUGCUGCUUCCUUCUUGGUGUGAAACAAGAUUAUCAGCAGCUGCUAGUAACCUUAAUGCCACUUUUAUAUACAGUGAGAUUUUAUUUGGUAUUGCAUAGGUUCUGGUUACUGUAAUAGUACUUGAGUGAGUAAACCUCACUUGUCAUGCUGUGACUGGGUAUCAGGAAAUAUUACACUAUUUUACUGUAAUUUGUUUACACUACAUUUUUGUAUGUAAGUUUUUUAUUGUUAAUUUUAUAAGUUAAUUUGGGGGAAGCCUUUGUUCUUAGGAGUGUUCUUUACCUACCUUUUCAUUUUUUUUUGUCCAUCACUUCUGCCUUAGACGAUUUGUUUGUAACUUCAUUGUUUUCUUCUGAACAAAUUCCUAUGCUAAUAGAGAAGUGGUUCUCAGUGCUAUUUGCACUCAAUUGGAAACAUCAAGGCUGCCCAUUUGUUUCUCUUAGAACUUCAAAGGUUCUCUCUAAGGUUUAGACUCUCUUCCCAAAAGGUUUCAGAAAAGAAAAUUAACAUAUGUCAGUGUAUUAUUUAUAAAUACAAUAGGCAAAUUCUUUAAUCUCUAGAAGGUUACAACAUGAAAAACAUGAUGAAGGGGGCUUUGAAGAGUCCAUCUCCUUUACCUUAAAACAGACAUAGCUGCAUACUCAUCUAAGGGGGAAAAAUAAAGCAGAGUCAACUUACUAUCAGCCUUCAGGUGGUCUUGACCACCAUGUAAGUACAUGUCUUUUACUGUUUCAACUCAAAGAGGUGGUCAUCUCUUACUUAGAAAGCCUCUGGCAAGGGCACACUUUUUUCUUAAACACCAGUGUCAUGUAAGGUUUUGUAUUUAUUUUUUUACAAUGUUUCAAGAGGAAAUAAUGUCUGUAUUCCAAUAAAUCAGACUUUUACUCACA